AUGUUGACCGUGAAGCUGUCGGGCCAUCGCAAGUCCCGAACCCGGGAGGAGACCGGUGGGGCGCUCAGGAUUUUGCGUCCAUGUCGAGUCUUCUUCCGUCUGCUCGGCGUUCGUUUCUUGCAAUUCGAAAAGAAGUCGUCCCUCGGAACAUACCUCGAGUGGCUUCUCAGGAUGACCAUGUGGUCGGCCUUGUUGGCGUACGCCGUCGAGAGAGCUCUGUGUGUAUUCUCGCUCUUGACCAACAUCAAGAACGAGACGACAGUUCUCUCUUCGGACGGAAUCCAUUCCGUGGUCGGGUACGCAACUUCGGUCAUGCUUCUCGGAGGCUUCCUUUCGAUUCGACGCCGAGCCGAAGUGAACGAUUUCCUCCGCCGAAUGGACAAGUACACCACUGCGACGAGGGAUCCCCAAGUGUCUUAUAAAUCGAGCUCGGUGUCGUUCCUCUACGCGCUCCUCUCUGUUCUCGUCCUGCACUCGGCCUGUUUGAGCUACACGACAUCGGUCCUGGAUUACAAAAUCGUUGAAAGAGUUAGCACGGUCGUACCACUGCCGACGGACAACGCGACCUCGGAUAAGAGCGCAGCUCCGUCCCCGACGAAAACGUCGAAAACCAUAUACUCUGACAAUUUUCUCGGAGGCCGCUUCGACAAACCGGAAGACGCGGACGAUCUCGAGAACUCGAACGACGUAACGGAAAAUCAGUCGGCGAGCUCAAUUCAACCCGUCGACGUCGACAGCGCGGCAGACGGAGGCGAAGGGCACGGAGACGUUGGAGAGGUCGAUGACGAGCUUCAUCAGGAGCGUCGAAGGCGCCGACGCUCUGCGAGCGUUGCCGGCGGUCUCCCGGUGAGGGAGAUCAUUGUGGAUGCGGAGCAAAUCUCAGAAAACGACGCAAACGAGCUCUAUGAUACUGACCAAGGUUCAGUCGACUAUAACGUUCCGGAGUCGGGGAGGAAGAUUUUGUUCCGAUCGAGGAGAGGCCUCAUCGAUUCGGCGAUAGACGAAGACAUUGAUGGAGAUGGAGUAAACUUCAUCGAGCUCUUCAAACCGUUCCGUCUGGCCGUCAUGACUACACGCUACUUGAUCAUCAAGAAUAUUAUAUACCUGAGCGUGACAAUGAUCAGCUGUUUCUGCAAGAUAAUCCGCGGCCGUCUCCUCGAGGUAAACACCCGAAUGCUCGAUAAACAGACCCCCGAGUUGACGGUUGACGUGCUGGCGGAUGUGCGUCAGAAGCACACUCAGUGCCUCUCCUUGCUGAGAGAGGUCGAACAGAAUUUCAGUUUCUUCUGCCUGCUGUGGAACGUUCUGACUUUCCUCGAAAUUGUUUACAUGGGUCGAAUGAUUUAUGAGAUUCAUGCCACCACCCUCUACGAGCUCCCGAAGGACCAGCGCUGGAUAUGGGGUCACAGCGCUGUGCUGUGCGUCGACAUCAUCCUUCUCACUGUCUUCCAUCUGAAUUUCAUCAACUCGGCCGCAAGUGCGCGACUCGAGGCUCUCCGAACCGUCGACCUCGUAACCAUCGGAACCGCCAACAUACCACCGAGUCGUAUCGAGGCCCACCAACAGGCCGAACUGCUGGUGUCGGUCGCAACGAUCCGAGAUCCGGGUCUCAGCGUUUGGGACAUCUUGCCUCAAACUCGAGUUUUUGGGUACUUUGUCCUCUUGCUGGCCUACAUAGUACUGUAUGCGCACAUCCAGUUCCUCAGGGACGGUAAAUGGAGGGACGUAUUUGGACAAGUUCUACAAAAAAAGCGGGUUAAAGGUUCUAACAGACUUUCCAUCAUGGUUUCCGCCAUGAAAACCGAUUCCAGUCUGGUAAAGACGUGCGCUUUCCUCCUGAGGAUUUUCUCAAUUGGAAUCACUUGGCCACCGAAGGAAACUGCUCACGGAACAAAGUUGCUCAUCGCCGUUUAUCGGGUUUCUCUCUGGACGACGAUUCUGUUCUACGCCCUCUCGAGAGUUGUUUACUUCCUUUCUCUACUGAGUUACUCAGGGUUUAUUCGCUUCAUAACACUGGACGGCCUCGACGACGCAGCAUUUAUCUUAUGCUGCUUAGUUCUCCUGACUCAGAGCUACAGAGGACUUCAACUCAACGAUCGACUUGACGUUUUGGCGUUCGCCGGUGGCACCGGUCGACGGCGCCGGAGGCCACUCAAGAGUUAUGUUGCUACGAGUUUGUUCUCUGGAUGUUUACUGUUUCUGCUAGGCUCUUCAUCAGUGUUAGUUGUUCUCCGUCCGGUUCUGGACGAGGCUUUGCCCGAGCCCGCACCGAAAUUUAUAACCACGACGGAAGCACCGACAACCACUAAACGGAGCAACAUCGCAGCCGGGGGCGGGGGACCCCCCAGCGGUGGGAUGGGCCCCAAAGCGGGGGUCGGUGGCGACUUCGAUGGAAACGCCGGUGGUGGGGAUGGAGGGUUGCGAACUGCGUUCGGGAAAGGCUUGGGGGGACAGGGGGGCCUAUUCGGUAUCGGGAGUGGAAAUGACGCAGGUGGCAGCAGUAUCAUCGGUGCCGAUGGAAAGAUCACUUAUCAUUACGACAGCGAUUUGAAGGGAAAAGAAGAGAAGAAUUUCGGAGGCUUUCCAUUCGGUGAGGAUGGGAACCUGAAAGGGGGGACGGGAAAACCCAGAUCACCUGCAACUGGAGACGGUAUGGCCAGCCUCAAGGGUCUGUUUGAUGAAGAGGCUGGAGGGCCCUCGCGGAAACUUGGGGGUUUCGGCGUGUUUUCCGGUAAUGGAAAUUCUGUUAAAGUUGGUGGACUCUCGUCGGGAAUCAGGAAGAAGCGUUCUCCGGGAGCAGGAGAGGAGCUCCUAGCUCCCCAACGCUUUGCUGCUGGAAUGCAGGAUGUAAGCUAUGGAGCGGGAGCCGGUAUUCCACGUAUAAACCGGGGAAUAGCAGCAGGAUCCGAGGACAUCGAGGAAGGUCAUCUCAUCCUCGGAGUGGGAUCCGAAAUAUCGCUUGGAACAGGGGUGGCAUUCUCAGCUGCGACAUGUUGGACCGUCAGAGAGCAGCUCCGACGGCUGAAACGAGCUUUCGACCUAUCGACAACGGAUCAGGAGCUUCCGUCGGCGGAGGUUCUCGCUGAGAUGCGACAUCGUUUCCUACAGAGCACGAUUCUGUGCCGAUUCAUAGAUCUACACUUCAGGCGCUUGAGCCCUGUGUGGAUACUCAUCGUUUUCAUUGACGUGCAACUGCUGCUGAAUUGGAUCCACGAGGUGCCCCCAUCGCUGGAGAGCCUCCCGAUGCCACCAGCGACCUUGAUCAUGAUUCAUCUCGCGGCUUUCAGCCUCUUGCACAUUUUCUUCACUGAAGGGGCAGAGAAUCUUCGACGCGAAUUCGGGAGCACCCUACAACUCGUCGCUACUCGUACGUAA